AUGUUACCAAGUGCCUUAAAAUAGGAAAGUGGGCCUACAUCUGUUCUGAAUGAACCAUAAAAAGGAAUAUCUUUAGUUUAGUAAUAGAAUUAAGCACCAAAUAAAGCAGCAUGCCAGUCAGCUAAUGGUUAGCCAAACCCAAAGGAGUUAGAAAAAGAUACAAAAUAAGUUAAAAAGCAAAAGCAACCAGGAUAUAUUGAGCAAUUAUGGAGAGCCCUUAUUCGUCCACCCAAUAGAAUUAAUUACAAGCCACAAUAACUAGGACCUGUCUCAUUUGUUUUAGAUAAGACUGUCAUAGUUAAGAGAGAGGAUUUUAAAGUGAAAAACUCACGCGGAUUCAAUUUAGAGUGCUCUUACUUUGAGCCCAUUUCAUUAUCAGGAAAACCACAUCCGUGUGUAUUAUAUUUGCACGGAAAUUCAUCCAGCAGAAAUGAAGGAAUAGUUUUAGUUUAAUAUUUGCUGCCUUAUGGGAUUUCACUGGUCCUUAUGGAUUUUUCUGGAUGUGGUAUUAGUGAAGGUGAAUUUAUUUCGCUUGGGUAUUACGAAAAGUAUGAUGCUAAAUAAGUAAUGGAACAUGUUAAAAAAUGGAAACCAAUUACUGAGUUUGGUUUGUGGGGAAGAUCGAUGGGAGCUGCUACGACACUAAUGACUUCUUUGAAUGAAGAUUUAUCAAUUAGAUUUAUAGUUAUAGACAGCAGCUUUCUAUCUAUUAAAUAGCUUUGUGAAGAAAUUGCUACGAACUAAUAUAAGGUUCCAAAGUUUAUUUUGAAUUGGGCAUAUCAAUACAUUCGAAGAAAAAUAAAAAACUUGGCCAACUUUGAUUUAGAUGAUUGUGACGCUUUAAAAGCUGUUUAAAAUUAAAAAAGCAAGCCAUGUGCUCUCUUUUUAGUUGCAAAGGCUGACACAUUAAUUAGUCCUUCCCAUUCGCAAAAGCUUUAUAAUUUAUACAGAGGACCUAAGCGUUUAUUGAUGUUUGAAGGCACGCAUAAUUCUCGUCGCCCAAAGGAAAUUAACCAAGAAAUUACUAAAUUCUUUUACAACGGUUUUUUUGAUGAGUAUGCAAAAAAGUAAUUUAAUGUAUUUAAAUUGGUUCCUCAGCUUCCUAAUUUUAACAAAACAGAAGCCCAGUCAAACCCUAAUUAAAAUGGCAUUCAAAAAAAUGUUGUUUCAAUAGCUCCUGUUGCAGCGCCUAAUUCAGUAGUCUCAAUGUAAAAUAACCCUUCUACAAAAUAAAUAAAUGGCAAUAGCAUUUCCAAUCCUUCACAAAAAGAAGAUAAUCUAGGCAAAUCAGAUUCAAAUAAUUAAAAUGCAACAGCAGUUAGCUUAUAAAAUAGGACAAAGUAUAUCUCGACUGGAUAAUUACAAAGCAAAAAUGUUGAAAAAGAAGAAGUUCAAGAAGAAGAUGAAGGAGAAAUGAAUUCGAUGCAAAAGUCAGAAUAAAUAAAAAUAAAUCCAACAAAUAAUAAUUACAAUAAUAAUAAUAAUAUUCUCAAUCAUAUUUCACUCAACGCUCAGCCACCUAAAUUUCAUAAAGAGAGAUUCUCACCAAAAAGCAUAGUGCCAGAGCCCUCAAUACAAAAUGAUACGACUUAAUAUGAUUUUCAUAAUUAAAAUAACACCAAAUUUAAGCUAGAUUCGUUUUAUAAAAUGAAUCCCUCUGAAUUGCAACUUGAUAAUGGAAAUUAACUUAAAAUCGGUAAGGAAAAUAGCAGUUUCAGCAAUAUAAAAACUAUCAACCACAAUUACAACAAUAAUAAUAACAAUGUUUAUCCUCUUUCUAUGGUUCAAAAUACUAUUUAGUAAGGCAGCAACAGCAUUAUUUAAAUAAAUGAAGAUGGAAAUAACAGUCAAGAAAAAUCUGUUGACAGAAAUAACAAGAAUUAAAAAAGUUAAAUCCAAUUUUCUAACUUUAGACAUAUUUAGCAAAUGAAAAAUUAAAACGAAGAAACAUUUAUGAAAGAAGAAUCUAAGUUAGAGCAAUAAGAAUAAGAAGGAGUUAUGAGUGAGGAAUCUAAAGUUUAUAGCGUAAAUAUGCCAAAUGCCCAGGUUAAUUUGAAUACUGAAGGAGUUGAGCAAAGUCCUAAACCAAAAUCAUAAUACAACUUUGACUCAAACAACAUUUUGAUUAACUUCCAACGCUACAACAAUAACAACACAAACAAUGCUAUAAAUUCCAAUAAUAACAUAGGCAGCAAUAAUGGCUUACAAAUAAUUAAUAAUGGAAGCAUAAUUCAACACCAUAUAAAUAAAAAUUAAGAUAUAAAAGAAGAAGAGGACACUCAAUUCAAUAGUAAAAUAGAUAAAUUAGAUUAAGAAAAUGUUAACCAAAAUAUAGGUCUGAGUGGUUUUUAUUUACCCCCAGAAUAUUCAUAAAUACACAACAGCGGUGUGCAACAAAACAACUAAGCUAAUUCCAACAGAUUUCCCUCUCCUAAUAUCUAAAACAUGUAAAAUUUUAGUUAAAAUGAAAGAUUGUAGCAAAAUUUGUUCUUCCACACAAACUCCAUAAUUUCGGGCAACACGCCUAACCAGCAUUUAGAUAAUAAAAAUAAUCUUGCUAAUACACCAGACAGAAAUACUUCUCCAUUCUAAUUUUAGGAUCAUAGAGCUAUUUAGAACAUCUAAAUAAAAAAAGAUUAACAACUAGGUCAAGUAGGGACGUAAUAUGAUGCCUAAGGAAAUUUAAUUUAAGAUUAGAACUAAUAGUAACAGAAGUAAUAAAAUCAAGUUUUCUAGAUUCAAUAAAUAAUUCAAUUUUGA